GACAGCUCUGACGUCAAUGCGUUUCUGGGCAUGCCUACAAGGCUUGAAAAUAAACAAAGACCAAAAGCGGGUGAUUGAUCAUUAAGCUGCCAUAAACUUAACUUAAAAUAGUUUUAGGCCAUUUUUUCGCUACUACAAACACCCAGCAUCUGAAUCAAGACGUCCCUACCGCCAUGGAAAACGCAUUGUUGAUGCGAGUGAGUGUUUUCUCCGACCAGGGAGGCAGGAAAUACAUGGAGGACGUUACCGAGGUUGUAGUGGAGCCCGAGUCCGGGGAAGACGAGCUGAACUCGGACGAACAAGAUGAUACCAAAGGAGAUAGCUCGACGGUCGACAUUGUGCCUGAAAACGAGCAGUCUGAUCGGACUGUACACAACGCACUGAACGAGCCUCUAUCUGCCUCCACUACAGUUUCAUGGACACAAAAUGUACAAAAUGGGGACCAAAGUUGUUCUCCAGUUGCACUGGCAGUUUCGACAGUGGAGAGUUCACCGGCGGAGAGCGAUAACCGCCCCCAGCGCUCAGUGGCUUUCUUCGCGGUGUUUGAUGGCCACGGAGGCCGAGAGGCAGCGCAAUUCGCACGGGACUAUUUAUGGGAAUUCAUCAAGAAACAGCGGGGGUUUUGGUCCAAAGAUGACGAGGAAGUGUGUGCAGCUAUUCGUAAAGGUUUCGUUGCCUGCCACCAUGCCAUGUGGAAAAAGCUGCCCGAAUGGCCCAAAACUCUCACGGGGCUUCCCAGCACCUCAGGCACCACGGCCAGUGUAGUGGUCAUCCGGGGGGACCGAAUGUACGUGGCUCACGUAGGAGACUCUGCCAUCGUGCUGGGGGUCCAGGAUGACCCCACAGACCAGUUCAUCAGGGCCGUGGAGGUGACACAGGACCACAAGCCUGAGCUGCCCAAGGAGAGAGAACGCAUCGAAGGGCUGGGGGGCAGUGUGAUAAAGAAGUCUGGUGUGAACCGGGUGGUGUGGAAGAGACCCAGGCUGACUCAUAACGGGCCCGUCCGGAGGAGCACCGUCAUCGACCAGAUCCCUUUCCUGGCUGUGGCCAGAGCUCUAGGGGACCUGUGGAGCUAUGACUUCUACAGCGGAGAGUUUGUAGUGUCCCCGGAGCCAGACACCUGUGUUCUGAACCUUGACCCCCAUAAACACCGGUACAUCAUCCUGGGUAGUGACGGGCUGUGGAACAUGGUGCCCCCCCAGGACGCCGUCUCCAUGUGCCAGGACAACGAUGAGGCCAUGGCGCCGUGCGGGGUGUCCAGCGCUCGCCAGCUGGUGAGCCACGCCCUCCUGCGGUGGCGCCAAAGGAUGCUGCGUGCGGACAACACGUCGGCCAUCGUGAUCGCCCUGCAGGAGCCGGGUGUCCCUCAGGAACCCCUCCACCAUGAGGAGGUGCUGCUGAACCUGGCUGAGGGACAACACUGUGGCCCCGCAUCGGACUCCCGCUCCAACACCUCACUCAUCAAGGUUCCAGACAUGGACAUGUCGUCUGCUGUGUGUGAGCUCUUCCCGACCCUGGAGCGUGGACACGGCCUAUCAGGGAGCAGCCUGUACGUCCUGGCCCUAUCAGAUCCCUUCGGCCCGCCCCUCUCCGACUCGGACGACUCCCGCACCGGUUUUCCCCUGGGGGAGGAGCUUAGUGAUGUCACCGCCAGGAUGCCCGGCGGCAAACGGACUCAGGAUGACACGUCACCCAACCCCGUCCCGUCCGCCAAGAGGACCCGGAGGAAGAAUGGCGAGGGAACGGGAGCGGGGCCAAAAGGAGGUGGAGGAAAGGACCAGAAACAGUCUCUGACUCCGCCCCCCACCAACGUUUCCCCCACGCUUUUCCAGCAGCAACACGGCAAGGCCACCGUGUGUGUGUGCUGAGAGACA